CGUUUUUGUUUUUAAAGUCUUCCGUUAUUAUUUCUUAUGAAAUAAAAAAAAAUUUACUGACAGAGCGUGUGGUUUUAAGACUAUUAUUACUGUCUACAACAAAUCAACAAUACAAAUGUACCUACAGACAAAGUCAGAGACUUAUUAUUGACACAACUACGUGUGUAUAUGUUUGCAUGGCGUUAAAAAGGCAUCCACAAUGAACUCAUCAUGUAGCAUAUACCUCUUUACUCUUACUUGCUUCAAACAUUUAUUAGUAAUUUUAGCUUUCUUUUGGUGACAAUGACAAGUUUACUAAGUUUCUGCUGGUGACUUAAUAAUUGCUUGUUGAAAAUCUUUUUAUAGCACUCUUAACAAAAUUAAGAGCAUACAUGUAUAAUUUUUUUUAUCGUACCAUAUUUCUAGAUUCAGGACUUCUCCACAUAAAAACCUAUGUGUGGCCUGUCGACCGAUCUAAUAUAUCUUCCCGGACCCAUUACCGACCUUUGAGUUGUACUCUUUUCACUAGUUUUCUUCUUGAAAUUGGAACAUGACUCAUGAGUGAUGAGUGUUUGUAUCACUCAAAUGGACCCCGUGCCCUAAAAUCAAUAAAAUUCAUUUGAUGUCACUUUUUGUCGAAGUACUAUCCAAAUGAUUGAUUUUCAUCAGCAGCUAUAAAACGUUCAUUUUGUCUGUAGAACUAUAUAUAUGAUUUUAGACCAAAAAACUAUAUAUAUGAUUUGAUUAUAUGAAGUUGUUUGCAAACGUGGAGAUAUGAUUGCAUCUUUGUCUAUGCAUGAACUUAUCAUGAUAAUGAUCUUUCCUGCUAUAACUUUUUGGUACAAUACUAUGGCAUGCAUCUAUGCUACAUUGUUACUUCAAUAACGUGUUUAAUCUAUACGACAAAGAAGUAAUGAGCGACGUACAAACCAUACUGCGUUUAUUUUCUUGUUAGCAUGCAUGCUAGCUCGGUCCUAAUAUAUCAAGAAUUAUGGCAAAUUUUUACUUAUGAAUUAGAACGUUUCCAAUAUAUUAAUUAAUUUAAAUUAUUUACAAUAGAUUAGCUCUAAAAUGGAACUGAACUUACUCGAGUUUUAUUCUAUUUUUGACCCAAAAAAUGAAAUAAAGAGUAUACUUAUAGUCUAUUUUGCAUACUCAUUAAUAAAAAUAAAAUAUGAUUAAAAAAUAAUUUAUUCUAAAAUAGAGUUUUUAACACUUGGUGAAAAUUUCACUACAAGAAUGCAUGAUAAACAUCCAAACAAGUAAAGUCAUGUAACAUGAAGAAUAUAGACAGUGCGCCAAAGAUCCCGAAACAACAUAACUCCUUUAAAAACAACAAGGGUAAUCUUCGGACCAACUAUAGAGUUUUAAUGUAGAAAACUGAGUGCACAAAAGCAUAUGACUAAACUCUUCUUACUAUGCAAGUCAUAAAUAACUAACUCUUUGGGCUUGUUGUAUAAGACAAUAAAAUAAUUGAUUAAACUAGACUUAAGUAUUACAAGUAUAAAGAGGAUUAGACGUUCAUCAUUAGACUAGUAGACAUUAUAAAGUAAAUUAUAUCGAAAUUCUCAUAAGAAGGAUCCCUAGAGACCAGACAUGCAUGUCCAUAGACAGAUCUUAUUGUAAUAAUUCAUAGGAGUCUUAAUUAUCCAACAUUCAAGGUAGGCUUUAUGACAAAGUAACUAGUACACCGUUACUAGGACUUCCAUGAUGAUUCUAGGAUCUAAUAUUAUUAUCAAUACAGCCAAUGAACACUAUGUGAUGUAAAUGUAUACUUUUUAUUUUUUAAGUUAGCAUAAAGUAUAAACCAAUGAGUGAAUUUUGGAAACAAAAAGGUAAAAAUAUUGGGCUCCUAAGAGAGACAGUCCAGAAAGCUAAAGAGACAUUAACAGAAAACGUAUAGUUAAAGAAAAGAACACUGUCUGCUCCACAAAAACAACAUACACAAAACUCUUCUAGUCUCCUUUAUUUUUUAUUGUUUCCCCAAUUCUCCAUGGUCUGUCAUAUUAAUGUGUCACAGAGACAUUUGAGUUUUCUUAUCAACACAAUGGUCUAAAACUGAUCCCCAAGUCCAUAGUGUAUACUAUAGACCCAGUUCUUAAAUAUUGAUGCAAGAAAGUGAAAGUGAUGUGAUACUCAGUUUCUGUUUACGGCUAGACAAAAAAGUCUCUUGGCUCUUUAUCUCUCCUAAUUAAAGAAUCUGAGCAGUUGAGAAAUUAAAAUCAAAGCCUUAACAUUUUAUCUCCAACACCAUCUGGACACACCUCCCUUGGAUUUCUCCUUUUUUAUGGAAACUGCGAAUCUUACAUGUAAACAAAUAUCAAAACCAUAAUCUUAUAUUUUUUACUAUUACCAAGCUUCAACGAUCUAAACAUAUGAAUUCAGUAUCUAAUCGGGUAACUAUAACAGUUGUUAUCAAAAAUCAAUGUGUGUUCACAUAUAGAAAAUGUUUAAAGCUCAUAGCUAAAAUGGGUAACCCUUUAGCUUCUAGUAUUUAUUUAUAGUAAAGUUAAAUAAAAAAUUGAUUAACUUUAUAUAUUAUAAUAAAAUCUACGCAAUCGCAUCACCUACUAGUCUCUUGUUGUUUACUAAGCAGAUAGAUAUAUAGAAAGAGAGAGAGAGAGAGAGAGAGAGACAUGAAGAGCACUCUCAAGAGAGAAUAGAAGAAUCAUGGAGUUACAGUUGUAGGUGUGAGGUUACAACUUCAAGGUCUCGUCAAUGGAGAUUUGUAACUCUUAUUCCUCAUCCUCUGUCGACAGUACUAAGCAUUCAGCUUCUGAAUCUUCUGUUAAUCUCUCCCUUAGUCUCACAUUUCCCUCUACUUCUCCACAAAGAGCGACAAAACAAGAUUGGCCCCCUAUAAAACCUCGUUUAAUAGAUACACUAAAGGGUCGUCGUCGUCUUCUUCAACGCGAUUACGACACAUGUCUGUUUGUUAAGGUUUAUAUGGAAGGUGUUCCCAUUGGGAGAAAGCUCGAUCUUUCCACAUUCUCAGGCUACGAGAGUCUAUUAGAAAAUCUGUCUCACAUGUUCAAUACUUCAAUUAUCUGCGGUAAUCAUCGAGAUAGAAAACACCAUGUUUUGACAUAUCAAGACACAGAUGGAGAUUGGAUGAUGGUCGGAGAUAUUCCAUGGGAAAUGUUUCUUGAAACCGUGAGAAGACUGAAGAUCACGAAACCAGAGAGGUGUUAAGACUUGGAUCGUUCGGUAGAAUUAGGCAUUGGUGAAGAGUUUUCAUACGGGAUAGAGUUUUGGCUGCAUAUCAGCAACAAAGGCCUUAAAUAACUUGGAUGAUUGAUGCAUAUUUUUAUUUGACACCUUUGAGUGUUUUUUAUAUAAAUAAACCACAAUGUCCGAAGAGUUCUUUUUUUUGUUGGUCUGAACAAUAAAAAUAAUAACAAUAAUGUCAAAUUACAUUUUCACCUGUUUGUAAUCGUGUUCCUUUGGAUGUGUACCAGUACAUGACAUGAAGAAAACACGAAUGUUGUUGGGGGGCACUCUUUGAAAUGUGCCGGCUCGUCAUUCUUGUUGAUUUCAAUUUACACCGAUUUGCAAUUUUAAUGACAGCCUGUUUCAAGUCCAAUAUAUGCUGACAAGAAAGCCCGUGUAGAGCCCAAAUGUAACAUAACAUACAUAGUAAGGCUUGGAUACGAGGACAUGUAAUAGAAGACAAUAUCUAUUCAGGUUCAUUCUGCUUUAUUUGUCCUGUUUGCUCUUUUACUUGUCAUAGAAUGAUUAAUCGAGCUAUAAGUUUAGCAUUUAUGCUUACAUUCCAAGACAAUUGUGUCAGAUUUUGAGUGAUCGAAUAUGAGGUUUUUACUAAGUUCUCUUCAGCUAGUCACACGUUCAACUAGCUUAUCAUUGGAUGAGAUUUUUGAACUACAAGAUUCUGACUUUACAUGCCAAAUUAAAAUUAAAAAGUGAUGACAAAUUCCUUUCAAACAAAUCUUGUCCAUGAUCUUGACAGCAAAAGGAAAGAAUUGGAUGUUUAUGAACCAGUGGUUGAUCUGCUAGCAUAUGAGGAAAUUGAUGUGCUUGAAGCCAAAGAAAGAAGGUAUGCAAAGUAAAAGUUUCCGUGUCCAUGUCGUAUAUGUGAAUUGUUGUUGUACUAUGCUUAACUGGAGUUUAUGAUCUUAUUAGGAAAAAAAAAUCUUCAAUUAUAGAAUCUUUGGAUUCUUACAACAUAUUAAAAAAACAAAUACAGUUUAUGAUAUAAAACACCUAUUAUAAUCAAUGCGAAAAAAAAACAGAAGAUAAAA